AUGACCGAAAGUGACGGUCUGGUGCUGUUCCCGGUCUGCGGCGCUGGGCUGGUGCUCUUCGGAGCAGAUUUGUGCUCGUUUAAACAACUUCCGGACCGACUACACCAGGCUUGGCUGGAAACUUUGGCUCGAACAAUGCCACCCUGGCUGGGCUUGGAUCUUCCAAGGCGUUUUCAUGGAUUCAGCUGCUGUUUCUCUUUAUCCGGUGUUUCCGUUUAUCGGAUUUCAUGGUAUACUCGAUUGCAGACAACAAGGUCAGCAUCACAAGGUCAAUCACUGACCAUACUUCCCAACAUCGGAAGAAUCAGAAAGGUAUUUCAUGCUCAUCGGGACUUCAAGCAGAAGACAAUGGCCGCAGUUCCUUUCCGUGACUUCGGUCAUCGAAGGUCUCAAUCACAUGUACAGUCUGAGACCUGA